AUGACUUUGUCGCAGCUGGGGUUGAAGUUCAUCUUGUCGCGAACGAAGACUUCGGGACCAGGCAAACGUGUGGGGCAGCUGCAAGCCUUCGUCCUUCGGUCGGUGAGCCUGUCGGGGUAUGAUUGGAUUGCAGCGGGAUACAAUCUUCUGCAGACAGACGAGUUCAAGAUUCCGAGAGAUUUCUUGUGUCUUCGCUUCACGCUUGGAUGGGAGGUCAAGUCCCGAGAGUACAUGGAUGGCGAAGGGGUGGCAUGCCACAUCCGACGGGCGCUUGCCGAGCUGAAGGCACCUCGGUUGGUGGAAGGCUCCUGGGGGCUCUCCAAGACGGUGCAUUUGGUGCCAGAUGCGCUCCUGGGCUUCUGGAGCGGACAUUCUGCACGGCACUUCCUGCCGUCACUGGCAGCCGCAACAGGCGUCGAUUCGGAUAAGAGGGAUUUUCUUGGCAGAUGGGCCGUUGCAAGGUCGGCCGGGCAGGCAUAUGUCUUGACAGCGCGUCAAAUUAUUCAUGCCAUCCAGGCUCACGUGUGCGCUGCAUUGCUUGAAGGAAAUCCUUCGCCAGGAUAUGUCGAGGAAGAGUUGUUUCUCCAGAUCCAGAUUUGGGCCCGGGCCCAUGGUUACGCUGGAGUUUCCGUUGCCACUUUGCAUAAAUCUUUGGUUUGGGACAGCGAGGGGUUUUGGAGUCUGCAGGGUAAGUACCCGGCGAUCACCGUUGAUCCCGUGCAUUUGGCCCGGGCGACGGCCCCGGGAAAUGCGUUGUUGCAGCCGAGCGAAGAGGAGCCACAGGAGCGGUGUGUGGAGACCAUUCCCUUGUUUGCAGUGACAGAGGAUUCUGCAGAUGCGAUUUGCGUUCAUUGA